AUGCAAGAUGGUCCAUCCGAAAGAAAUAUUGACAUCAAAAUUUCGGAUUUAUAUGGUUUGAUAUUCUACGCACUUCUUCAAAGGAACUACUUUGAAGGUGCAAAACAACUCAUCGAGGCAGGAGGAGUGAGAAUUCAUCAUAUUUUGAUUGGAUGUGUUAUUUUGGAAGAGAAAGAGAACGACUGGCGAGCUACACAGAUUGAAAAAGAAAAGAUGCAACAACUUUACAGGAUAUUCUCACAUCAUGCUUUAAGAAUUCUGAGAUGCAUACAUGCAAAUGACAAUGCUGAAAGACCUGAAGAUAAACAUCUCAAGAACGCAAAAGGACAAAAAGAAGUGGGGGAACAUGUUCAACAUGCAGGGCGAUUACUGCUGAACCAUGGUUAUCUGACAGUUAUUAUUAAGACAAAAAAUACAACAGUUUUGGGAGACAAAACUGUGAAAGACAUUUUGAAUCAAAUGUGGUACGGAAAAGAAUCAUUGUCAAUUUCUAGGAUACUUUUAUUUACUCUGUUGACAUUCAUGCACGUCAUAAUCUUGCCUGUUCUGAUGAUCACCAUGGAACACAAACCUUUACGCUGGUAA